AUGACUAAUCCUGUUUUUUUAUUUGAUUGUUUUCAAUCGUGUGUGGCGAAUAUAUCAUCGGGUCGUCAAUCAGUAUUAAUUAAUAAUGAAUCAUAUGAUUUAGACUGUAUUAGUCAAUGUUCAAGCACUCAUACUCAAUCAUUUGCUGAUACAAGUCCAAAAUAUACUUUAAUUAUUCAAAUUAUCAGUGUUGUUCUAAUUACAUUUGGUCUAUUUGGUAAAGUAUUUAAUUGUAUUAUAUUUUUACGUAAACCGUUACGUGGAACAUCAACCGGUUUACUAUUAUUAUUAAAAACAAUUUUUGAUACACUUCCGUUAUUAUGCACCUUUGUCUUUGAUACAAAAUUUUUUUUAAACGAUGAACAAAUUAAUAGUUCACAAUUAAUUUGUUUACUUGCACGAAGUAGUGAUAUAUUUGUAUCUUGGUCAAUUGGAUUUGUUCUACUAUGUUGUUUGACACGUGUAAUUACUAUUGUUCAUUCAACUCAUUUACCACAAUGUACACGAUUACGAGUAUUUUCAUUGAUUAUUUUUAUGAUGAUAUGUGGUGCAUGUUAUAACUGGCAUGUUUUUUAUUAUAAAAGUUUACAAAAACAUAAAGAUGAAGAUUUUACCUAUUGUAAUGUGAUAUUUGGCCGACAAAUUGGCUAUUUUUCGUUUAAUGGCUUUGAACCAACUAAUGAUCUAUUGUAUAAUGCACCAAUUGUUAAUUUUGUUGUUUCAUCUUUAAUUCCAUUUACAAUUGUUGCCAUUACAAAUAUAAUUAUUAUUAAACGUGUUUUAAAAAGUCCUAGUACAAGAUUAUCCAAAGUUGAUCUUCAUCGAAACGGUGCUAUAUCUUCGUCCUCAUCAUCAAAAUCAUCGUCACAAAAUCGUUUUUCACGUUCUGAUCCAAAUCGUUCAUCAUUAAGACAUAUUAUAACAAAGAAAGAUGUUAGUUAUGAAACAACUAUCACAUUAACAACAAGUUGUGUAUUUUUAACUACAAAUAGUAUUGCAAGUAUUUAUGUCUACGUUAAAACAUCUAAACCUGUACCAAAAAAUAUUAUACAUGAUGGUGCAAAACUUACAGAAGAUGUUAAAACAUCAAAUGUCUAUUUAAUACUACGUAUGUUAACAUUAUUGGAUACAGUUUUAGAAUUUUACAUUUAUUUUAUAACAGGUAGAAAAUUUCGUAAAGAAUUUUAUCAUGUAAUUAGAGAAAUAUUGCAACAUUCACCAUUACGAAAAUAUUUUAAAUUUAAACGACCGUAUAAUACUGGUAAUACCAGUCUACCUAUCAUUAGACGAAAUAAACAUGAUAAAAAUGUGAAUUCAAAUGGAAGGAUAUCACAGAAUGAGACAAUAAUUACUAGUAAAUUGAAAAAAUCAAGAUCAAUUAUUGAAUGUGAUGAGCGACAAGAAAUGAUAGAUAGAAUUGAAAGUACCGUAUAA